CCUGCCCCGCGGGUUCUGAGUUCGCCCCCAGAGACUUCCUCCCCCCCCCAGGGCUAUGGCCACCCGCUGGGGCAUCUGCUCGGCCGGCAAAAUCAGCCACGAUUUUCUAGUGGCCCUGAAGACCCUCCCGGCCACGGAGCAUCAGGCUGUGGCCAUCGCGGCGCGUGAUCUUGCCCGGGCUCAGGAUUACGCCCAGAAACACGGGAUCCCCCGAGCGUACGGGAGCUACGAGGAGCUGGCGCAGGACCCCGACGUGGAUGUGGUCUACGUGGGGGUCAUACACCCUGAGCACCUGCCUGUGGGGCGGCUCUUCCUGGGGGCUGGGAAGCCCGUGCUGCUGGAGAAGCCCCUGGGGAUGAACGCGGCGGAGGUGAGGGAACUGGUGCAACUGGCCCAGAGCCAUGGGGUCUUCCUGAUGGAGGCGUACUGGACCCGAUUUUUCCCAGCCUCGGAGCGGCUCUACUCCCUGCUCUCCCAAGGAGCACUGGGGGAGCUGAAGGUGGUGAGGGCCGAGUUCGGGGCGCCUCUCUCGGGCUGCCCCCGGAUAGUGCAGAAGGAGCUGGGGGGCGGCGCCCUGCUGGACAUCGGCUGCUACUGCGUCCAGUUCACCACCAUGGUCUUCGGGGAGAGACCGGAGUCCAUCCUCGCCUCGGGCUUUCUCCAGCCCACUGGCGUUGAUGAAACGUUGUCCGUCAUCCUGAACUACCGGGGAAAGCGCCAGGCCGUGAUCACCUGCUCCGUGCUGACCGAGCUGCCCAACCAGGCCGCCAUCAGCGGCACCAAGGGCAUCAUCCAGCUCCCGUCCGAGAUGUGGAGCCCGACUGAGCUGGUGGUGAACGGGCAGCACGAGGAGUUCUCCCUGCCCCCCCCGGCCCAGCCCCUCAACUUUCCCAAAAGCACCGGGCUUCGUUACGAGGCCCAGCAUGUGCGCCAGUGUCUGCUGAAAGGCCUGAAGGAAAGCCCCAUGGUGAGCUUGGCUCACUCCGAGCUGGUGGCCUCCAUCCUGGACGAGGUGCGGCGGCAGAUGGGGGUGACGUACACCCAGGAUCGGGCCUGACUCCUGCUGCCCGGGCAUGGGAGUCGGCGCCGGGAAGCCCUGGGUUCUGGAUGCGAUUGCGGGGUGUGUUGUUACAAGGAGCAGCCGCGAGGAGGUCACAGAUCUCGGCUGCUGUGUGGCGUUUGACGUGGUGCCGGUCGACAACGGUGAUUAAAAAACCCUGAGAACACUGGAAAAUGAGCCCGUGAAAUGGAUUAAAACCCAGCUAGCGGAG